AUGACUGUCCAGUCCAGUUUGAGGGAGACUGGUGAUGCUCUUGUGGAGCUGUGUCGGAGCGAGGGCCUUCCCUCCUCUCUGCAGCGCCUUCUGGUGGCUGUGGAUGACACCCUGGAGCAGGGCCGUCUGACUGCAGGAGAUGUGUCCCAGUGGUCCAUAGAGCAGCGCAGGGACAUGGGCCGGGUGGGUAAGCAUCUGCUGGAGGUGCGGUCCACAGUGCAGCCUCUCAGAAACAGCCUUCAGGCAGCGGAAAGGGAACGGGAGGAGUUCAGGGCUCAGCUGGGUAGGGCACAAGAGGAACUGAAGCGUGAAAGGGCAACACACCAAGCCAGCAAAAAACAGCUGGAGCAAAGACUGCAGGAGGCCCAGGUAUCCAGGGAGGAGACAGAGAGGAGACUGCAGGAAGAACUUGAGGAGCUAAGGAGAGGAACCGUGUCCCUGGAGGAUAGCAACUCCAAACUGAAGGCAGGGAUUAGUUUGCAAAAAGAAAGGUUACACAAACUUGAGUGUGAGAGAGAUGAGCUACAUCAGGAAGUGAAGACCAUGCAGGUAGAGGAAGAGGCACGGAGUAAAUUAGAGGAGAAGACACAAGUGCUGGAGGCUCAACUGUCCACUACUCAGCUCUUACUUGACAAGGAGAAAUCCAAGUACCAGAAUGCUUGUCGCCAACAGGAGUCACUGCAGGCCAAGCAGAGGUCUCUGCUGGAGCGAGUGGAUGCUCUGGACCAGGAGUGUGAGCAGCUUCAGGGACAGUUAGGGAAGAGUGAGGACCGACAGACAGACCUACAGGAACGACUGACACACAUCUCAGAGGAGAAGGACCAACUUGAAACCCAGCUCACCCAAGAACAGGCCUUGUGUUCUGAGCUUCAGCAGGAGAAGCAGAGACUGGAGAGUCACGUGGGUGAGCUGAAAGACAGUGUGAAUCAGUUGAGAGGAGAGGUGCAGGAGUUAGCCCAGAGGGAGAGGCUGAUGGUGGCUUUCCCGGAGCUCACCCCCCUGCCUCAGGGAUCUCCACAGAGCACAGGGGAUGUGUUGGGGGAUAUGGAGCAGCAGUUUCAGGCUAACUAUGUUCGGAUUAGGGUUCUGGAGCAGGAGAAUAGCACCCUGCACAGUAGCCUGGUGAAACUGAGGGAUAGAGCCCAACUAGGGGCCUCCAUGGUGGAGUCCAAGGUAGGAGUCCAGGGGACAGUUCUACUCCUUUAG